GUCAGUGAAUUUCUGCAACUGGUUCCCACACCAGCACAUGCAUUAACGCUCCGGCCGUGCCAGUGUUGCUGCGUGGAAACAACUCUCCCCCCGGGACUACAUUCGGGACCAGGUUGCAGCUCGGGUCGGGCUGCACGGAGCCCGGACUUUUAUUAUUGGAUUGCCCCACAGCGGCGGGAGAGGACUGGAUUUACGGAUUUACCCCCAACCCCGGACAAAAGGGACCAGAUUGGGGAUUUAAAGAGGGGGGGAAACCCACCAGAGUGGACUAACAGAGGAGACAUGGAUCAUCUUCUCCUCACACUCGCCUUUGGUCUUUUAAUUCUCGGUAGGUGUUCAGCCCGCGUGGUGUCUGUGUCUCCUGGUCCGUUGGUGAGGGUGGAGGGUCAGCCGGUCUCCAUCAGGUGUGAUGUCAGGGAAUACGGUGGACCGCGUGAACAGGAUUUUGAAUGGGAGAUGUCCAGGGACCCGAACGGCGCCAAGACCAAAAUAAUCUCCACCUUCGACGUGGGAUACUCGGACGCGUCGUUCAGCAAGCGCAUCGCCUCCGGCGACAUCUCGGUGGUGCGGCUCCAGGACAACGAGGCGGAGCUGAAGAUCGCCGAGGCGAAGUCGCAGGACGCCGGUUUCUACUGGUGCCACACGCCGAGCACCGACGUGGUCAGCAGCGGCAACUACAACUCCCAGGUCCAGCUCACCGUCAUCCCCAACACCCUCAAGGUCUCCCCCCAGACUCCGCCUGCAGUGGUCCCAGAGGGCAGCGACCUCACGCUCUCCUGCAACGUGACCCGGGAGCUGGCCCAUCCCACCUACCUGUCCGUCAGCUGGUCGGUGAAGAAGGGCGCCACGUCGGAGGACAUCCUGACGUUCGGCCCUCAGGGGGACGUGGUCACGGGCGCCAAGUACGCCCGGCGUUACGCGGGGGGAAUCCGACUGGUUCCUGGCAGGAAUGGAGUGUUUGAGCUGGUGAUCUCCAGGGUGACGACGUCUGACGACGGCGUUUACGAAUGCAACGGGACGGAAUGGACGCAUGAAAGAGGAGGGAAGUGGAUUAAAAUCGUGGAGAGUAAAAAAGAGAUGGGGACUGUUGCCAUCACUCCUACAGGCCAUUCCCUCAGCGUGAAGGCUUCAUCUCCCUCCUCCUCUCCCUCCCCCACGUCGGUGCUCCUCUCCCCCGCCGAGACGCUCACCCUGCUCUGCUCGGUGGCGGCCGACAACCUGCCCGCCCUGGCGCUGGAAGUCACCUGGCUGGCGGACGGCCGCGAAAUCAUCACCAUGGAGCGCGGCGGGGUGGUGAGCUCCAACGCGUCCAGCGCGGCGGGAGGAGGAGCAGGAGGAGCGCGGGGGAAGCGGGGGCAGGCCAGCCUGGAGAAAACCGGAGCCAAAGAGUACAGGCUGGGGGUGAGGGGGGCGAGCGGCGAGGACGGAGGGCUGUACACCUGCCGGGUCAGAGCCUUCAUCGAGAAAGGAGGACGCAGCGCAGGAGGAGGCGGACGGUGGCACAUGGCGGCGGAGAAGACGUCCAGCCCCGUGACCGUCAAGGUCUCCGAGAUCAAGCCGAGCUUCACGCUGGCCCUGGAGGCCGCUGUGAAGCCCCAGAUGACAGCUGAACCAACAGAACUGGCCUGUCAUGUGACCAACAUCACCCAGCUGCCGCCAGGCGGCCGGCUGGGCGUCAGCUGGGAGCACACCACACUUCCUGGUAUUGGCGAUGAUCCUCAGACCUCGCGGCUCAUUGGCUCCUUGGAUGGCAACGGCAACCUGUUGCCAGGGGCAACGUAUGACGACCGGCUGAUGAGCGGAGCGGUGUCUCUGAGCAGAGUCCAACCCAACACGUUUAAGCUGCGAUUUCUCCGCACGCAGGAGAUCGACAUGGGCCAGUACGCGUGCAGCGUCUCUUCCUGGAGUGUCGGCAGCCAAGGAGACAUGGUGAAGACCUCGGAGCAGCAGAGCUCACCGCUGACUGUACGCUGGGACACCAAAAGUCCGGUUCUGAACGUCAUCGCCAAGCGGGUCCGCGAGGCCUCGGUGGGCGGGGCCACCUUUGAGAUGAGCUGCAGCGUGAGCACGGAAAACCUCGGGGAGGUGAGCUACUCGGUCCUGGUCCAGACGCAGGACAGCUUGCAGGGCAACGUCAAAACCAUCAUGACCCUCAGUCCCGACAACGUGGUGCAGCAUGGAGGAGCCACCGACCCCAACCGGAGAGACAACCUGGUUCUGACCAAGUCCGGUCCGGCCGAGUUCCAGUUCCGGCUGGCGGGCGUGCAGCUGUCUGAUAGAGGCUACUACUGGUGCGACAUCAGCGCCUGGACUAAACAGCAGCCGGGACAGACGUGGACCAAAGCCAUCAGCUCGGAGUCCAACAAAGUCAGGAUCGACUUUCAGGAGAACGGCCCAUCCUUCUCCAUCACCAUCGACGCCGACACCAACAGUGUUUUUCCGUGGGAAACGGCCAAGAUGGAGUGUUUGCUCAGCGUCUCUGGAUCCUCACCAAAGACAGACGACCUGGCGUACGAGGUGAGCUGGUAUUUCACCAAACUGCGUGGGAGUCAGACGCCCAUCCAGGUCGCCAGCCUGGACCGCUUCGGCGUGCUGAGGAAGUCCGACCGGAACUCGUCCAGUGACGUUUCGAUAGAGCGGAAAAGCACGCACAGCUACAUGUUGGGCAUUUACGGCACCCAGGACAGCGACUCCGGCGAGUAUCACUGUAUCGCCACUCCCUGGUACCUGUCGGCAUCCACGGGAGCCUGGACCGAAGCCGGAGAGCUGACGUCGGGGAGGGUCUUCCUCACCGUCAAGUUUGCUGUGUGGGACUCCCUAAAGUUACCUCUCCUAUACGGUGCAUCAGCCUCACUGGGUGUGGGCCUCUUCUCCCUGGUCCUGGGUCUGGUGUGCGCCCACUGCUGCUGCCGCAACACCUCACACACUCCACGCUCGCGCAACAAACUGAUGGAUCUGGAGAUGGACUGACAAACACUUUCCCCCGCACCGACACACUGCAGCGCCCACAAGAAGCACCACAUGAACAACCGGCACGCGUCCAUCGACGACUUCUGGGACACCCAGCUGUUCGCGGGGGACGGCCGCUGGGACUAGGACGACGUGGGAAACCUCGCCCACCAGUCCCAGUGCUUUUUAAAAGGGUGCUCAGGACUUCCCAGCUCUGCAGUGGAGGUGUAGGGGUCUUCCACACUCACAUGUGGAGAAAUAGCCUUUCAGACUUCUGUUUCUGUGAAGAAAUCCGUGGCGCUUUUUAGUGAAUUCUUUUGCAGCCAGAUUUGUUCCCUGUUAAGUUUGCAGCCUUGUCUCUGAGGAAUCUGGAGCUUUUGAGAUGUCACUGCCAACCGGGGAAUAAAGGACCUCUAAACAGAACGGCUGCCUCUCUAAUCUUUAGGAAUAACAAAUGAAGCACUCUGGCCAGAAUAUUUUUCUUUUCUUUUUUUUUUUUUUUUUUUGCUUUCGUCUGAUGCCAAGACUCGCUGCGAAGUGCAACCUCUCUUUGGAUCUGAUAGCAAUCGGGACUUUCAGUGCGAAUCUGGAACAAGUUGAGGGUUGGACAUUGUCUGCACGGACUAAACGACACCUUGACACAAUCUGAAGUUGGAAACAUCUGCUGAUGGUGCAAAGGAGCGUUUGAACGUUCCCUCCGUCACAGAGGAGUGAACACAAGGUUCCUCUUGGACAGAUAAGCGCGUCGUGAGCUUUCCACAUGAGAAGUAUUGCACCUCAAGAGUAUUCUCACCUUAGCAAGAUGGUGAUGACCUUUAUUCUCAACUCUAGUUUUUUGAAAAUUUAAAGAGAUUUUAAAAAAAGAGACAUUUUUAAGCUUUACAGGAUGAGAUAUGCAGUUAGUGUGUUUGUGUGUGUGAGCUAUACUGUACAUGGUGCCAAUAAUAUUUGAACUUCACGGAGUGUGCUCGGUUCAUUUAGCCAGACCAACACUUGAACUGCCUCUCAAAGUGGCGACAGCAAGCACUCUUCUUUUAUAAAUAGUCAAAUAUAUCCAGCUGUUAUUUUUGCCUGAGUCUUGUAUGUGUGUGUGCGUGUGUGUAUGUGUGUUUUUCGUACACUGUGCGAGUGCUGUGAGACGAGGGAUUGCAUGUACUGUUAUGUUUUGUUUUUUUAAACGGUAUGAUGUCAUUCACGAGCAACACAAGUUUUCUUUGUUGACAUCAAAGCCUCCGACAUCCACAUAUAAAAAACUGAGCUGUCACUUUGCUAAUGUUCACUCUUUUAGUGCUCACGCUGUGAGCCAGUGAUGCUUUUUUUUUUUUUCGCUUUUUUUUUUUCUUCUUUUUUUCUGUUUCAGGGUGGUGCUGCGACAAAUUCGAUUACUUCCUUGACUUGCAGUUGGAGUUUUUGUGCUUAAGUGUGCAUGUUUGUCCGUUUUUAAAGGUGUAGUUUGGGAAACGUGCGUAGUCGGGAGCGUAGCUCCUUGCUAAGCGCAUCUGUCGUCACGCAGCGCGAUGUGAAAGCACUUCCAUGAAACUGUUUGACUUCCGUACUAAUCGCUCUUCACUUACAUUUCCACCCACUGAACAUAAACGAGACUGUGAAAAUGUCAAUUGCCAAAACGCUCUUUUAUUUUGCGGUUAUUUUUAGCUAGGCUAAGGCUUCAGCAGUAUUUGACAAACAUCUCUCCAUAAAUAUUAAGCUCUUCCUAUUAUACUGCCAACUAUUUGACAAGGGAUCGAAUUUCGACAGUGUUUUAAAAAUUUGACCCUUAAAAAACCUUCUAAUUUUUAAUUCGCCAUGUUUUGUCGUCUCUGAGUCCUUGCACGCUGGCUCACAUUACCAUCCCAGUUUAUACUGCAUUUAAUUUGGGGCAAAAUAAAAUAGUUUGAAAUCACUGAACCGAAAAAAAUAUUAAAGGGACAUAUUGUUGAGGAAAUAAAAUAAACGUAACUUUAAAUUUUAACAACUCUAACAUAAAACGACCUCGUCGCUGUGUUUGAGGCUCCAAGUCUGAAAAAAUGUCCUUUGGUGAGUCGUUCAGACUUGCUUCCCAUGUUUGCACGUUCAUGCUGCAUUUGGUGCACCGCGACGUGGGAGAUAUACAUUUAUACCACAGCUUUUACUAGAGGCUCAGCAGACGUGCGUUGCAGUCAAGUGGCGUCCGACUCCGCCCUCUCAAACCAGCUGCUUUGACCCGAGCUGUGAAGGCCUGGCUGAACGGCAAUAUGGCACUAUACAGUAUUUAUGUAACAUAUUGGCCAAGGUACAUCGCACACAUUUCAUUAAGACGUAAGGAAACUGCAUCAUCAACUCUUUUUUUUUUUUUUUUAUCAUAUUCAUGAAGUUUAACCUUGUGGGCAAAAGCUUUUGCAAUUCUUUCCAACCCUUGUUGAAAACUGAGCCCCAAGAAUAGUUUCAAUCAAGCAAUUGUGUGUUUCGCUGAAUUCGCUUGUUGAAAUGUAUAAAAUCGAUUGCUUUACACAAAUUGACUAAGUCACAUGGGAGAGUUCAUAACGAGGCAUUUUCUUGCAGAGCCCUGGAGGGAAGAACUUAUUCCUGGUUGUAUUCAUUUAUGUUUUUCCUAAUAAUAGAUGCGAUGUCAUCCAGAAAUCGCCUACCCUGCCUUUAAUUUCUGGAAAUGGCCAAAACUUGAUUCAUGUAUUGUUUUGAAUUAGUGUAAAACAAUGGCAAGUGUUGAUUUCUUGGGUGUCUAGCACAAACUUCUGUUAAGUCCAAUGAAAAAUGACUGAGGCUGAAAAUUUAAAAAAAAAGAAAAAAAUGGAAAAUUUGCAGACCAAACUGCAGGAAAUUGCCUUUUUGGAGUAUAGCUUUUGCUUUUUUUUCCUCCCAUUUUAAUCAGGAUAAUACUUAACAGAUUUUAUUUUUAUUUUCUAAACAACCCAUUACAUAACUGGGAGGGUUGAGUGUGCUGACAUGUAAGCACUCCGGCUGCAAUCGUUAAAAAAAUGGCUCAUCUUUUCAUCUAGAUAACAAAAAUGUGAAAAAUCUAAGAUGACAGGUUGAAAGUUGUUUUUGUUUGUUUUUGCAAGUCGGUGAACUCGUGGUGACUUGUUUAUCAUGCCGACUGCUGCAUGAACGUGCAUUCACAGUUUCAUCAACAACACAAAGUGAACAUGUCAGCAUCUAAACCCAGCAGGAUCCAGACUGUGCUCCCUCUGAAGGAAGUGGGUUUAAUUAGGGUUUUGUUUGGUGUGUUUGACAGUUUAAAGGGAAUAUUAAACAAGUAUUUAAGAGCAAUAAUAAGGCUGUGUUUGGGUCACAGCUCACAGAGUGCCGUACCGACUUAAAUCCAUAAUCAGAUCGACAAGGCUGUUCCUGGAUACAGAAAAGGAUCCUGGAUCAGCUCAUAAUUUCUGUUCUUAUACAGAAAAAUAACGGCACUCUGUGCCAAAUGCUGUCGCCAGUAAACCACACAAGGUAUCACCGAUGCACACCACUGAAAGUGUCACUGCAAGGCUUCCCCAAUGUCUUUUUUUUCGUGUGUUUUUACUCCAAUUAGAAUGAUGAAUCAUGAUGUUUUCUUUUUUUAAUAAAUAGAUCUGUGAGAUGUA